AAUGCCGGUACACCGGCCUUACGGGGAUAACGUUUACACUUUAAAUCCUCUAUAUCGGCCUUACGGGGAUUUGGCAUCCACGACCAAGCAGGUCUAUCGUCCUUACGGGAAUAGAUCAAAGACGGGCAAGCCGGUUUUUCGGCCAUACGGGAUACGAUUUACAGAACAUCACUUGCAGCAAAGAUCAGAAACGUACAGAGCUACUGAAGAAGCAACAGCCUUCAAAUCUUCCCUUCACAGCUGUCCGUCCAUCAUGAAGCUGAAUCUGUUUCUCCUGUUUCUCACUGCAGGUCUGGUCCCAGUCACUGUAUCCGUCCUGAGAACCGUCCCUCACAAUUAUGACCUGAUGAUGACACGGGUGACCUGGCGUGAUGCACAGAGUUACUGCAGGGUGAUGUACACUGACCUGGCAACAAUCCUAAGUGAUACUGAUUGGCUACGAUUUGAGAAAGAGGCAGCAAGCAAAGGUCUGACAACAUCUGCCUGGGUCGGAUUGUACAAUGAUCUCAAUAGCUGGCGCUGGUCCUUAAAUGAUCUCCCACUGAAGGAUGUCACUUAUACCAAUUGGAGCCCUGGAGAGCCUAAUAAUUCUGGUGGAAAAGAAACAUGUGGUUCAGUAAUUUUAUUUGGUGAAUGGUGGGAUAUACCAUGUACAGUACUAAGACCCUUCAUAUGCUACAAUGCUAGUUUCAGUGGUGCUGCCAGGUUCAUCGGCAUCACUAGUCCUCUGUUGACCUGGCCUCAAGCUCAAACUUACUGCCGAACACAUCACACAGACUUGGCCAGCUCUCUUAACAGCUCAGACAACUACAUGUUAAGGCAGGUGAGGGAUAAACAGGGUAAUUCCUGGAUUGGGCUUUACAGAGACACAUGGAAGUGGUCAGACGGGACCAACGCUUCAAACAUCCCAUGGGCUCCUGGACAACCUGAUAAUUAUGGGGGUUAUGAGAACUGUGCAGUGGUUAAUAACGGACUGUUCUACGAUGUACAAUGCACCAACCUGUACUAUUUCUUCUGUCACACCAUUUACUCAGCGAGGAGUCAGAUAAUGAGACUGCAGGUGAAGUCUGAUGGGAGUGUGUUUGAUCCUGCUGUGCAGUCGUCCAUUUUAGAUCAGGUGAGUCACAUGAUGUCUCUGAAAUUUGGAGAAACCCAUAUUAGCAUUUCUUACUCUCAAAUUUCUUUUAUUCUCAAGAAUUUUGCUCCUUUUAUUAUUUCUUGUCUUCUCGGUGACACGUAUUCCUUUUCUUUUUGGCUUGAGUAAUUAAAUCCUGAUUCUGAUCCUCAGAUCAAACAGAAACUGGAGGAAAAAGGCAUGUUGGAGAACACCACAGUGACCUGGAAGGUGCAGCCAGAUGGAAACAUCUUCCACAAGAAAAAGGAUGAUCUGUAACGUCUAAAUGCUCACCUUCAAGUCAAGCAGAUUUCAAACUGACUGAAAUUUUAUUUAACCUACAACAUUUAAGCUUUAAUCAGUAGGCAGUGUCAGAGGACAAGAUUAGCCAGAAGUAGAGGAAUAAACAUAUUUAAUUGCUCUGAUUGGAACACGCCCACUUUGACUUUGCAACCUAAAUUUUAAAGUCAGAUUUCACUGCAACUUUUUAAUAUUGAACAUGUUCAGCUUUUGCUGCAAGAGGCCACUGAACACAGUGAUAAGGAGAAAGUCAGAGAGGGUAUGUUCAAUACUGGGUUUAAUGCAUCAGUGUGUUGUAGUAAAGAAUAAUUCUUAUAUAGAAUAUAGUGAAUGUAACAGAACCUGUAAAUACACUGUGUGUACUUUGAACAGUCAUAUAUAAUGCACUUGCCACUAUUGCUGUCAUUUAUUUCUUCUACAUCUACAGUUAUAAAUAUAUACUCAUUUCUUAUAUUUUGUUUCUAUUUUCUGUACCUAAAGGCAUUAAUAAUAUACAUUAAUAUCAUCAAUA